CGCGCCCCGGCGGUUGCUAUGGACGCUUGCCUUCUCCAAUCAUCACGCGGCUUGCUAGGCUGUGCGGCGCUCUGUGGUUGCUGUGGCAACGGACAGCAACAGCUGCGGGAUCCUGGCGGCGCAGGAGGAGAGCUGGCCUCUGGAAGCUGGGAGGAUGUCACCAUUUCUGUGGCUACCUGGACAUCACUGUCUGCUGGGUGCAUGGGUGAGCAAAGAAAAUAACUAAAAAUGACAAGUAGAAGACUUGAGGAGUCCAUGGGGGCCGUUCAAGUGGGGUUGGUCAAAAUGCUGAAAGGAUUCCCAAGCAAGGUGUUGCCACCCAUGAGUCCAAAGGUGGUUACAAAAGAAGAAGCAAACCGAAUGCUUACACCUUCAGAGUUCCUGAAGGAAAUGACCCUUACCACAGAGCAGAGACUGGCAAAUACACGUGUCACGUGCCGACCACAGAUCGUCGAACUCUUAGAUAUGGGGGAGACGACACAUCAAAAGUUUUCAUCAGUUGACCUGGAUCAGGCAUUAUUCCAGCCCUUUCCAUCAGAAAUCAUAUUUCAGAACUACACUCCAUGUGAAGUCUAUGAAGUUCCACUGGUUUUGAGGAACACUGACAAAAUUCCAAGGAUGGUGAAAGUUGUUGAGGAAAGUUCACCGUACUUUAAAGUAAUCAGCCCCAAAGAUAUUGGCCACAAAGUGGCGCCAGGAGUGCCAUCGGUAUUUCGAAUCCUCUUCAUGCCAGAGGAGAACAAGGAUUAUGCCCAUAUUUUGACCUGUGUUACUGAAAGAGAAAAGUUUAUCGUACCCAUCAAAGCUAGAGGUGCGAGAGCCAUCCUGGAUUUUCCUGACAAGCUGAAUUUUUCCACUUGCCCUGUCAAAUACAGCACCCAGAAGAUUCUGCUGGUACGAAACAUUGGCAAGAGAGAUGCUGUGUUUCACAUCAAAACUCAUAGGCCGUUCUCUGUAGAGCCACCUGUUGGAACUCUUAACGUGGGAGAGUCCAUGCAACUGGAAGUGGGAUUUGAGCCACAGAGUGUGGGCAAUCACAGUGCAAGACUUGUCUUGUGUUAUGACACAGGUGAAAAAGUGUUUGUGUCUCUCUAUGGAGCUGCCAUAGACAUGAAUAUAAGGCUGGAUAAGAAUUCCUUGAUCAUCGAGAAAACCUACAUAACUCUGGCCAGUCAGCGGACGGUAACCAUUCACAACCGCAGUAGCAUCAUUGCCCAUUUCCAGUGGAAGAUAUUUGCUACCCAGGAAGAAGAAGACAGAGAAAAAGAUAGGAUCUGUGAUGAUCUGAUCAAAGAAGAAAAGGGUGAGAUGAAUGAGUUUCUCGACGAGUGCAUUAUUGAUCCCGUCCUCCGAGACCGUCUUUCCAUUCUCUCCCGCACCUUCGAGAAUCAGAGGAGGAUGGUUCAGGGAGACGCAUUGCUCUUCUUGAAUAACGUUUUCACCAUAGAGCCUGUGGAAGGUGAUGUCUGGCCCAAUUCAUCAGCUGAAAUCACUGUGUACUUUAACCCUGUAGAAGCCAAGCUCUACCAACAGACCAUUUACUGUGACAUUUCAGGCCGAGAGAUCCGUCUGCCCCUCCGAAUCAAAGGGGAGGGAAUGGGACCUAAGAUUCAGUUCAACUUUGAAUUGCUCGAUAUCGGGAAAGUUUUUAUUGGAUCUGUACAUUGUUAUGAGGUGAUCCUGUACAACAAAGGCAGCAUCGACGCCCUUUUCAGAGUGAUACCCCCAACUUCGCCUUUGGGGGCCUGCUUUGUUUUCAGUCCCAAGGAAGGCAUCAUCGAACCAAAUGGAGUCCAAGCUGUCCAGAUCUCCUUCAGUUCUACCAUCCUAGGGUACUUUGAAGAAGAGUUCCUGGUCAGUGUCAAUGGAGCACCUGAGCCUGCGAAAUUGACCAUUAGAGGCUGUGUCAUUGGACCUACCUUCCAUUUUAAUGUUCCUGCUCUGCACUUUGGUGAUGUUUCCUUUGGGUUUCCUCAAACUUUGAUAUGUUCCCUCAAUAAUACCUCUUUGGUCCCCAUGUCCUUCAAACUGCGUGUCCCUGGGGAUGGCCUUGGCCAUAAAAGCAUUUCAAGUUGUGAGCAUUAUUCAGGCUGCAAAGGACUGUCUUGGACCAAGGAAGAAGUACCUGCAAUAAAACCAAAAGAGUUCACCAUCACUCCUGACUGUGGCACCAUUCGCUCCCAGGGAUUCACUGCUAUCAGGGUGACCUUAUGCUCCAACACUGUGCAGAAAUAUGAGCUGGCACUGGUGGUGGACGUGGAGGGCGUCGGAGAAGAAGUGCUGGCGCUCUUAAUUACAGCAAGGUGUGUUGUACCUACCCUACGCUUGGUUAAUACAGAGGUGGACUUUGGGCACUGCUUCCUAAAGUACCGGUAUGAGAAAACGAUCCAGCUUGUCAAUCAAGAUAACCUCCCUGGAUACUAUGAGGUCCUGCUUCAGGUGUCUGAGGACCCGUCUGCCGUGCUGCUCUCUAGUCCCGUCUCCUUCGGGGUCAUCCCGCCCAAUGGCACCGUGCACAUACCGCUAGCCCUGGAGACCCAGGUCACUGGGGAAUAUGGGUCCGCCGUCUGCAUCUCGACCUUCGGGAGCCAGGACCCCCCUCUGGUAUGUCACUUAAAGAGCAUCGGAGAAGGCCCAGUUAUCUACGUAUAUCCCCCUCAAGUUGAUUUUGGCAGUAUCUACGUCCUGAAAGACUCUUCCAGGAUUCUCAACCUAUCUAACCAGUCGUUCAUUCCCGCAUUUUUUCGGGCACACAUGGCACACAAAAAAUCCCUUUGGACGAUUGAACCCAACGAAGGCAUGGUUCCCCCGGAAACUGAGGUUCAACUGUCCCUGAUCGCCAACCUGAAUGACACACUGACAUUCAAGGACACAGUUAUUUUGGACAUUGAAAAUAGCAACACCUAUCAGAUUCCUGUCCAAGCUUCUGGAAUUGGUUCCACCAUUGUUUCAGAUAAGCCCUUUGCUCCAGAACUCAAUUUGGGGGCACAUUUUAGCCUGGAUACCCAUUAUUACCGAUUUAAGUUGACCAACAAAGGACGUCGGAUCCAACAGUUGUUCUGGAUGAAUGAAAGUUUCCGUCCCCAGGGCAAGCUGAGCAAGAAGGACCAGGUUAAGAAGGGAUGUGCUAAUGGCCAACUCCAGCCCAAUGGCUCCCAGGAGCUCAGGGGUUCACAGAACCCAGUGUUUCAGCUCCACCCUGUCAGGAUGGAGCUGUACCCAGGCCAGACGAUCGAUGUGAUACUUGAAUGCUAUUCUGCAAUUCCCAGGGUUGUUAAAGAGAAGCUGGUGUGCCGUGCCAGCAUUGGGGCACAGAAGGGGAAGAGCUUGGUGAUGACCGUGAACGUCACCUGCGAGUUCAUCGCCCCUCUCAUCCAGCUGUCCACCAAGCAGCUCGUCUACCGGCUGGAGAAGAAACCUACUGAUAUCCUAGAACCUGAUUACCAGCCUUUGGUUAUAAAGAACAUCUCCACCUUGCCCGUGAACAUGUUGCUGUCAACCUCAGGACCCUUCUAUGUGUGUGAGACUGAUAAAUCCCUGCUGCCCGCCAUUCCUGAGCCUAUUAAACUGGACAUUGAGGAAGAAAAAAGCCUGCUGAUCAAGUUUGACCCUUUCUACAGAAACGAUUUGAACAAUUGGGUGGCAGACGAAAUUCUACAAAUUAAGUAUGUGGAACACCCUCAGGUAGACAGCCUGGACCUGCAUGGAGAGGUGCAUUACCCCAACCUCAGUUUCGAGACUACGGACCUGAAUUUCGGCUGUAUCCUGAACGAUACUGAGGUCAUCCGCUACGUUAUGAUCACCAACUACAGCCCCUUGGUUGUGAAGUUCCGCUGGUUCUUCUUGGUGAACAAUGAGGAAAAUCAGAUAAGGUUUGUGACAUUGCCUCAGAAGCCCUACAGCACCCUCCUGUCCCAGAUGGAGUCCAACCCAGCAAGCCCAGCGACUGCCAGCACCCCAAUAGUCGUAGUGACAAGAGAGUCCCAGGAGAUGGAUUUAAAUUUUGUUAAGACCAUCCUCCUGAACGAAGAUGCCAGGCCUGAAGACAUAGAACUCGGAAUAGACAAAGAAGCCUCCACCGUGAUCUCAGAUGGAUUAAAAGUUAGCUCUGCGGGAACAGAAAGAAUACACUCAAUCCACAGCCAAGAGGAGGCUCAGGACCCCCUAUGGAUCUUUGGACCGGAUGAUAUGCUUUCCAUCGGGAUAGAAGAAGUAUUCGAUAUUUUGCCCCUCUAUGGAAUGUUGGAGCCACACAGUAGCCAGCAGAUGUCAUUCACCUUCUAUGGGCACAGUAACAUCAUCGCACAGGCUAAAGCUCUGUGCGAAGUGGAAGGAGGGCCCACCUAUGAAAUAUUACUAAAGGGAGAGGCAUCCCUGAUCAACUAUUUCUUUGACACCACGGAUAUUAACUAUGGAUUACAGCUGUUUGACCAUGUCACGGAGAGGGACAUCACACUGAAGAACACUGGGAAAGUUGGCUUUGACUUCAAGGUUCUGAAUGACCACGAGUCUUCCCCGGAGAGCCUGGUCCCCGGAGUGCCGCUGAUCCUGCCUCACUCUGGUUUUAUCAGCGCACACAACGAACAGGUGUUAAAGGUUUACUACUUACCUGGAGUACCUGAGCUCUUUCAGAGAAGUUUCCAGAUACAGAUUGCCCACCUGGACCCUGAAAAGAUCACUCUAAGUGGAGAGGGAAUCUUUCCCAGAAUCUGCCUUGAUCUCCCCAGGAACCUGAGAGGAAAUGAAAAGUAUGAAACCUUAUUGAAUCAGGCCAGAGAAAACAUAGAGAAAGAGUACAACAGAUACGAAACUCUCGAUCGCUUUGAGAUAAUAACCGAGGAAAUACCUGAGGAUGAAUCUACUGAGUUAAGUGCUUAUCUCCAGAUGGAAGUAGAGCGACUGAUAGUCCAAGGGUAUGCCCUAGAACACCAGAAAUCAGUUAUCCCUGAUGUCACCGACAGCACUAGCUUCAGCCAUUGGAGUUGCUGCAAAAUGGCCAAAAUCCAGCUGCCCCAGUACACCCUGGACUUUGGCUACAUUGUCCUUGGUGAAGUACGAACCCAUAUCAUCAAGAUCACCAAUGCUGGUCACUUUCCAGUGUCCUUCCAUGCAGAAAAGCAUGUCCUUCAUGACACAGGAUUCAGUACUGAGCUAGAUCGUGUAAAGAAUCUGCCUUACUGUGAAACAGAAACAUUUGAAGUGAGAUUUGACCCACAAGGGGCCAAUCUUCCUGUUGGAAACAAAGAAGUCAUUCUGCCCAUCAAGGUGGUUGGAGGGCCAACAGUUCACAUCUGUCUCCAAGCCAAGGUGACCAUUCCAGCUAUGACGCUGUCAUGUACAAAAGUGGAGUUUGCUGCAAUUCAGUGUGGACAGUGCAUGGUGGAAACCGUUCAGCUUUCCAAUCAUCUCCAAGUCCCUUGUGAAUGGUUUGUCCAUUGCCCAAAGCCUAUUAGCAAGGUGGACAAACACAUGCCAAAGUACUUAAGACAGAAACUACGUGCUGAAUUAAUACCAAAGACACGGAUCUUUGACACCCAGCCCACUUCUGGAGUCUUGGAUCCUGGUGAGAGGUCCAACGUGCAAGUGAAAUUCAUGCCAAAAGAAGAGAGAUUCUACAGCCAAAACCUGGUGUUCCAUGUUGCCCAGAGUGCUGAAAAGCUUACACUGAUGGUAUUCGGACAAGGUCUGGAGCCACGCCUGGAAUUUAGUCCUUCAGUUUUGGAGCUGGGGCCGCUGCUGCCUUUUGCGCCUGGAGACGAGGCUGAGGUGAUAGUGAAGAAUCCCUGCGACUUUCCCAUUGAGUUUUACUCCUUAGAAUUUGACCAGCAAUAUCUCACAGAAGAAAAGAUCUUGCGAAAGCUGAAGGGCUAUGACUCCUACAACAGCCUACUGCUACCUCCCCGCAACCCAGGGGAGAGGCUGCCUCCAGAGGUGUAUGAGUACUUCAGGGAGAUGAAGAAGUCAAGAGAGGAACAGAUGAAGGCAAAAUUUCUGGAGAGUCUGGUGCAGGAGAACGAAGAGGAAGAUAUGAUCACGUCAGAUCAGGGAACCUCCAAUAGCACAAAGAGGACGUCACUUAGCCGAGGGAUCUCUGUCACAUCCAACCUGGAAGAGCGGCAUGUCCCUAUGGUUGACUCUAAAACCUUCUCAGAUGAUGAUGACGACGAGGAAAGCCUGGAAAAAAUAAUGUUUCAAACUGACAAGGUUCAGAGCAUUGAUAGCCACUCCACAGACGAAGUUGGAGAGGUAGAAAGCAACCCAGUGAGCAAAGCGAUCGCUCGCCACCUGGGCAUUGACAUUUCUGCAGAAGGCCGCUUGUCCAAGAACCGGAAAGGCAUCGCCAUCAUCAUCCAUGGGACACCCUUGUCAGGAAAGUCGGCCACCGCCAUGAGCAUAGCCAAGUACUACAAUGCUGCCUGCUUGAACAUCGACUCCAUCGUGCUGGAGGCCGUGUCUGACAGCAACAACAUCCCAGGCAUCCGUGCCCGCGAGCUCUGCAUCAAGGCUGCCAUAGAGCAGUCCAUCAGGGAGGGAGAGGAGUCUGCCCAGGAGGCUUCUGGGGGCCCAAGUGCCAUAGGACCAAUACGACUGAGCACUGAGACCCUGGGCAAGUUAGCCUCAGAAAUGACUUUGGUGGUCCCAGACGGUAAACCUGGAAAGAGCGUUCGUGGGAGCAUGUUGGUCAACAAAAGCAAAGCGGACAGCCACGCCUCCGGGUCACAGAAGCAGCAUCACCAGCACCAGUCUGAAACGUCACAGGUUUCCUCCAGCCCCCUCCCCUCGGGGCCCGCCCAGCGCCGGCUCAGUGUCAGCGCCAGCAUCGGAGGGGAGACCGGGCUCAUGAGCUGUGUGCUGCCCGAUGAACUUUUUGUACAGAUCCUGGCCGACCGGAUACAGCUGAGUGACUGCUACCGAGGAGUGGUGUUUGAUGGCCUCGACACACUCUUUGCUCGGAACGUGCCGGCCGCCCUUCUCAGCCUGCUGAAGGCCUUUGGCAGCCGGGAGCACAUAUAUGUCCUCAACAUGGCCCAAGAUUAUGCCGCCAUGAAGGCCCAGGAGAAAGCCAAAAAGGAACGAGAAGAAUUCAAACGCAGGGAAGCUCUGCAGAAAGAGAAGGAUCGUCUCCAAAAUAUGGAUGAGGAAGAAUAUGAUGCCUUGACAGAGGAGGAAAAAAUCAUAUUUGACCGAGAGGUUCAGCGGGCGAUGCGGGAAAGGAAGAAGAGGGAGCUGGAGAGGCUGGCCAAGGAGAUGCAUGAAAAGAAGCUACAGCAGGAGCUUGAGCGACAAAAGGAGGAAGAUGAGCUGAAACGGAAGAAUAAAAAGCCAAAGCAGGCACCCGCAAAGGAGGAAUCCCUCCUGAAGAAACCUCAAGUAGCAAGCAAGCAGGGUCUCGGUUUCAACAGACUAGAUAUCAAGACGGAGGCAUUGGAAAGGAAAGUAUCUGUCAGGGAGCAAGGCACGUCUGAGAAGGAAGAAGUAAACAAGAAAAAGAAGACCCUGGCCGACACCAACUUGUCCAGCCUUCCUCUGGGCCAGGAACAACAGGAGGAUAGCGAAGGGGACUUCCCAAAGGACAGCGACAAGCAACUGGCCCAGAAGUUCAAGGCCUACGAGUUGACUCUGAAGGACGUCCAGAGCGUGCUCAUGUACUGGGACCGGAAGCUGGGUGUUCAGCUGCCCCACGGAGGGACGGAGGAGACGCCGCACGAGCCUGACGACCAGCGCCAGGCCCCGUCGGGCGGGCGCAGGGGUCGCAAGGACCGGGAGCGAGAGCGCCAGGAGAGGGAGAAGGCGGAGAAGGAGCGCCAGGAGAGGGAGAAGGCGGAGAGGGAGCGCCUGGAGAAGCUGCGCGCCCUGGAGGAGCGGAGUGACACCAGCGGCGUUGGGGGCGGCGGCGAGGGGGAAGGGGAGGAGGACCAGGAAGGGAAGAAGGACCUAGGCGUGCCAUUCCUCAACAUCCAAACGCCCGACUUGGAAGGCUCAGGCUGGAAGCAGGCCCUGGACAGUGAGAGGCUUCCCAAGGUGGAUCAGAUCCUAGACAUCUUGGGUAUGGGUUCCUUCGGGCCACCCAUCCCACCUCCCACCUUAUUCUCAAUCGCCACCUACCCGGCAAAGCGGCUGCCUCUGGCCACAACAGACGUCCUGAAGCAUUUUGUGUUUGUGGUCCCACCAUCUGACGAGCUCUCCAUGCUGGAUGAAAAGAAAGAUCUGGAAUCGGACUCAGACUAUUUGGCCUUCUCAGGCACUACGAAGGCUCAAGAGGAUCAGACCACCACACUUAAAGGGAGCAAACAGAAAUUAAAAGAAAAAAUGGAUCAGUCCCGUGAGACUCAAAAGGACAAGCGUCGAGUGGCAGCCAACCGGAAGGGCCUUUCUGGGGGAACUGAUGGAGCCAUGGCCCCACUGUCAGACGUGGACCAGAACAGCCCGGAUGGGCAGCAUUCCCAGGAGAAGUUCACCAGGCUGAGUCACUUCCGGUGGAUUGUGCCGGCCAACGGUGAGGUGACACUGCGAGUGCACUUCUCCUCCGAAGAUAUUGGGAACUUUGACCAAACAUUCACUUUUGAGAUCCUUGGAACUCGCCGCCAGUACCAGCUUUAUUGCCGAGGUGUUUGCACUUACCCAUACAUUUGCCAGGACCCAAAAGUGGUAUUCCCUCAGCGGAAGAUGUCCAUGAAGGCGGAUGAGGUCAUCUUUAAGAAGUAUAUUACAAGCAUGGAGAGGUAUUACUUCGGGCCACUGCUUUGUGGAAAAUCAAGAGAUAAGUACAAGUCGUCCUUGUUCCCGGGCAACAUGGAGACGCUGACAAUCUUGAACAGUUCCCCAAUGGUGGUAGAGGUGUUCUUCUGUUUUCAGAAUGAUGUUAAAGCGAACACCUACUUCCUGGAGCCCAUCACCAUGAUCUUGAAACCCAGUGAGAAGCAGUUGCUAAACGUAUGGGCCUACCCUACUGCAGUUGGUGUCUUUGAAGACAGCAUUGUCUGCUGCAUCAAAGAGAACCCAGAGCCAGCUGUCUUCAAAUUAACCUGCCAAGGAAUCCGCCCAGAACUAGAGAUGGAACCCAGGCAAUUACAUUUUGACCGGCUCUUGCUACACAGAAAGGAAUCCAAGACAGUUAUUCUCCGCAAUGUCACAGUUCUGCCCGUGGCCUGGCGAAUCUCCAGCCUGGAGCACCUGGGCGAUGACUUCACCGUGUCCGUGAUGCAGGGCAUCAUCCCCUCCAAGGCUGAGUACAGCCUGCACGUGUACUUCCAGCCCACCAAACCUGUCAACAUCAAGAAGGCAAUGCGGUUGGAGGUCUUAGAUGCAGACAAUCUCGUUGGUAUCGUUCAGAUUGAAAAUAUCCCGAUCUUUGCAGAGUCGUACGACAUUGCCUUGGACAUCACCUUCCCCAAAGGAGCUGAAGGAGGCCUGGACUUCGGGACCGUGAAGGUCAUGGAGGAGGUGAAGCAGCCGCUGCAGCUGAAGAACCGUGGCAAAUACGAGAUCCUGUUCAGCUUUUCUGUGGACUCCAUAGGGAUUUUGACAACCAAUGCCAGUUCCAUGAUCGCAGUACAACCCAAAAAAGGUGCACUGACCACAGCAGAAAAAGCUACAAAUGUCCAAGUACACUUUCGUGCAAAAAGGGAAGUGAAGAUUGAGCACCAGGCCAUCCUGCGCUGUCAGAUUAUUGAACCCAGUAUGACAGAAGGAGGUGAGAUCAUUGCCAGCAUCCCAAUCAAGAUUUCUGCGAAUGCUGUGUACUCCAAGUACAACAUCAGCCCCUCCUCUGUUAUCAACUUUGGGGCUUUGAUCUGUGGGACUCGUAAAAGCAUCAGCUUCACCAUAGAAAAUCAAGGCGUUACUGACUUCAAGUAUGCCCUGUUUAGGAUGACCGGGGAGAACACUGCUUAUCAAAAGAAAGGAGCCAGCCACGUCCGACAUGCAAGAUCCCGGGAAAGCGAGACCUUCUACAAGGGCGGUCUUCCCAAAACAGCCAAAUUCUCUGACUCGAUUCAGAAAGAAGUAAACCUCACAGGCCAGGCCCGCUUCUCCCACGGCAUGUUCACCAUAUACCCCGGCUUUGGCUCCGUCCCUUCUGGCAGUCAGCAGGUCGUCACCGUCGACUGUGUGGCUGACCCCGUGGGAAGGUGUGAGGAGUUCCUAGCCAUUGAUAUCUCCGACCGAGACCCGAGAGACCAGCCUUCCGGCAUUCCCUACACUCUGAUGGCUGAGGCCUGUCUGCCAGCCUUUGUGACUGACAACAAUGCCUCAAUAUUCGAGGAGCACCAGCUAUGUACCAGCGCCAACCUACAACACAUCCUGCAGACCGUAGAGAGUGGGGGGCUGUUCGUGGAGGAUGAGAAUAAGUUCAUCUUCUGCAACGUCCUGGUGGGCCAUCAGGCCAGGGCUCGGUUCAAGAUCAGCAACGUGGGAAAGAUUGCCUGUGAUGUCAACAUUAUAGUUAAGCCUGUCUCCAAUAAGCCCUUAGCCCGCAUCGUGGACAUUUUUGAUGUGGAACCCAACAAGAUGUGCAUCGCCAGUCGCUCACACGCCUUCGCCACGGUGUCCUUCGCGCCGCAGACCAUGCAGACCUACCAGUGCAUCUUUGAGGCUACCUUGGAAGGCCUGCCCAGCAACCUGGCCAAGAACAAAGGACUCAUGUUUGAUAUCACCGGUGACGGGAACCUCCCUCGGGUGACCAUCUUGCGGCCCGUUCUCCUCAACCAGCAGGGAAACCCCUUGCUCCUCUUUAAGAGGCUUCUGCUCGGCCACUCAGAAAAGCUGCCCCUCGUCCUCAAGAACAGCGGCACCAUCCCAGCCCAGCUGCUCGUGGACCUGCGUGACCAGCUAGGAGUCUUCUUUCUGAAAGGGAGCCCCACUACCUCCUACAUCUACAUCACAGAGGACCGCAAACCAAAUGAGAAAGCAAAGAAACCUCACACAGCCUCCCUGGUCAUUUCUCCUGGAAAUACAUCUGAAAUUGAUGUCCUUUUCUACCCCAAGAAGAUUGGGAGGAUGAAAGGCAGCAUCCGUCUGUCAGUAGUCGACAACCCGUACGAGGAGACCGUCAUCUACAUGGUGGGAGAGGGCUAUGAGGAUGACAUCACCUUGGACAACAUCCAUGGACUGCUGACUCCCAGCAGCCUGGACACCACACAUCUCUCUGAGUUUUCAGACAUCGUAGAGGACAGCGCCAUGACCGAUGUCUUGGCAGGUGGCGGUAACAGCAGUGAGCUGUUGACAACUUCCCUGGUGGACCACAUCCAGUUUGGGGACUGCCACAUUGGAAACAGCUAUAAUGUGGGCUUCAUGAUCACUAAUCACAGCCACGUGAACAUCGUACGGUUUGAAUGGCCCCUUUUAGCUACAGUGACUUUCUCCCCACAGAUGGGCCACCUCCACCCUGGGUGUGCCAAGGAUAUAGUGGUGACCAUGAAGUCAGACGUGCCCAUCCACCUGAAGAAGAUGCGGAUCAAGUGCAAGCUCUCCAGGAUCGUGUUUCAGCUCCCCGCAGACCAGGUCCCCGACUGGGAUGACCGAAAGCGCACAGUCAAGUGGGUGGACGUGCCCAGAAACACUCCUGGGACUUUCACUGCAAAACGAAAAGUGAUAGAGACGGAUCCUGAGCCCGCCCACACAAUACUAGAAGAAAACUUCCGAGAACUACAGCUUCAAGUCAGUGCGGUUGUGGAUUUCGCUUCAUACCAGUGCCAAAAGGGUGAUGUGCACUUUAAGGAAACCCUGGUUUACCAGACGCGAGUGUUUGAGGUCAACCUGAUUAAUUCAGGACGUGUGCAGCUGGAAUUCAACUGGAUCUCAGAAGAUAUCUCAAGGGCCGUCAACUUUGUAGCGCCAGAAAACCAAGGUUCAGCUCAAAAAGAUCAGCCUAGUCAGGGCACGCUGCACACAGGCAGCACCCUGGACAGCACCAUGGACCACAGCGUGGAGGGCUCCCCGCCCACCUUCUCCGUGGAGCCCUCCUCAGGCAUCGUACCUGUGGGGAAGACGCAGAAGCUCAAAGUGAAGUUCUCCCCGUUGGAUGUGGGAGAAUUCGAGAGCAACCUUUUCUGCCAGAUUCCAAACCUGCCACCUGGAGAGCAAGGUCCAAUCCUGGUUGCGAAAGGGCGAAGCUCCUUGCCCAUCUGCCAUUUUGACCUGAAGGACUCAGACUACCUCAGCGGUCAUCCGCACAACGCAGAGCUCCGAGGGUCUGUCGUUGGCGCUCUGGAUCCAAACACCCGGGUGAUCGAGUUCACCACCGUGGGCGUAGGAGGGAAGAAUGUCCAGACCUUUACCAUUCUGAACCCGACCAAUAGCACCUACUCCUUCUCCUGGGUCUGUGAAGAAAUAGAAAGUCUCCAGAACCCUCCAGCCUUCACAUGCCUUACAGAGAAGGGCUUCAUCCACCCUGACAAGAAAGCUGAGAUUGUGUUCCAGUUCACGCCUUUCCAUCUGGACAUCACGGAAGCAUUAUGGAGUUUCCUAAUCCCUGAACACAACAUCACGGUCCCUUUCCUGCUGGUAGGCAAGACCACGGACCCGCUCAUCUCUCUGGACAAGUCACACCUCAACUUCAGUUCCCUGCUCAUCGGCAGAGAAGCCAGGGAGCGUGUGCAGCUCAUCAACAAGGAGGAGCACGAGUUCAAUUUUGCCUUCCAGGACAACUCCCGAUUUUCGGAAGGUUUCGGCAAUAGCCUGAUCGUAUGUCCCAUGGAAGGCUGGAUCCCACCACUGUCUAGGCUCCCGAUUGAUAUUUUCUUCACACCAAAGCAGGAAGGAGACGUGAACUUUAACUUGAUCUGCAACGUGAAAAAGAAAGCCCAGCCUUUGACAUUAAAUGUCAAGGCGGAGGGCUACAGUAUGAACACAGAGAUCAAGUGCAAGGACAGGACUGGCUCCAUCACUCUCUUGAUUCCCAACCAGACCAACAUCAUCAACUUCUAUGAGGUGGGGUUAAAUGAAUGCGUCGAGUGUGAAUUCAACUUUAUUAACACUGGAAAGUUCAACUUCAACUUCCAGGCAGAGCUAUCUGGCUCCAAAACCCCACUAGAGUAUUUGGAAUUUUCACCCAUGGAUGGUACUGUGGAUGUGGGGCAGAGUAUCCAAGGUACUCUGUCUUUUCAACCACUUAAGAAGUGUGUCUUGAAGGACCUGGAACUCAGAAUCAAGAUCAGCCAUGGCCCAACCUACGUGUGCAGCAUCUUAGGUUGUGCCGUGAGCCCGGCCAUCCAUUUCUCCUUCACCAACUACAACUUUGGGACCUGCUUUAUCUACCAAGCUGGGAUGCCCCCGUACAAACAAACCCUGGUCAUCACCAACAAGGAAGAAACAGCUAUGAGCAUAGAUUGCCUGUACACCAAUACCACCCACCUCGAGGUUAACUUCCGUGUUGAUGUGGUAAAGCCAGGAAAGACACUGGAGAUUCCAAUCACCUUUUAUCCUCGAGAAAGUAUCAACUAUCGAGAACUCAUCGCCUUUGAAAUCAACGGGCUCUCACAGCAAAUAGUCGAAAUCAAAGGGAAGGGCACGGAAAUGAAGAUUUCAGUCCUAGAUCCAGCCAACAGGAUUGUGAAGUUGGGAGCUAUCCUGCCAGGACAGGUUGUGAAAAAAACGGUUUCCAUCAUGAACAACAGCCUCGCCCAGAUCACAUUCAACCAGUCAGUUAUGUUCUCGAUUCCAGAGCUCCAGGAACCCAAGGUCAUCACCUUGGUGCCCUUCCACAACAUCUCACUGAAGCCCAAAGAAGUCUGUAAACUGGAAGUCACAUUUGCCCCGAAGAAGCGCGUGCCUCUCUUCUCUGAGGAAGUGUUCAUGGAAUGCAUGGGGCUCCUGCGCCCCCUCUUCCUGCUCAAUGGCUGCUGCCAAGCCCUGGAGAUCUCCCUGGACCAGGAUCAUCUUGCUUUUGGACCAGUCGUGUAUCAGACGCAAGCCACACGUCGCAUCCUCAUGCUGAACACAGGCGACAUAGGUGCAAGGUUUAAAUGGGAUGCCAAAAAAUUUGAGCCUCAUUUCUCUAUCAGCCCAAAAGAAGGCUACAUCACCUCAGGCAUGGAAGUUUCUUUCGAAGUGAGCUACCAUCCCACCGAGGUGGGAAAGGAGAGUUUCUAUAAAAACAUUCCGUGCUUCAUCCAGGGGGGCAAUCCUCUGACCCUAUCCCUGUCUGGAGUCUGCGUGGGAGCACCUGCAGCAAAAGAGGUGGUGAAUUUCACCUGCCAGGUGCGCGCCAAGCACACUCAGACCAUCAUGCUGUCAAACCGCACCAACCAGACCUGGAACCUGCACCCCAUCUUUGAGGGCGAGCACUGGGAGGGACCCGAGUUCAUCACCCUGGAGGCCCAUCAGCAAAACAAGCCCUACGAGAUCACCUACAGGCCCCGCACCAUGAACGUGGAGAACCGCAAGCACCAGGGCACCCUCUUCUUCCCUCUCCCGGAUGGGACUGGCUGGCUAUACGCUCUUCACGGAACUGCCGAGCUCCCCAAAGCUGUAGCCAACAUCUACCGUGAAGUGCCAUGUAAGACACCCUACACUGAGCUCCUGCCAAUCACCAACUGGCUGAACAAGCCCCAGAGAUUCCGAGUCAUUGUGGAAAUGCUGAAACCAGAGAAGCCAGACCUAAGCGUCACUAUGAAGGGCCUUGAUUACAUUGAUGUACUGUCGGGCUCCAAGAAAGACUACAAGCUGAAUUUCUUCUCCUACAAGGAGGGACUGUACACUGCAAAGGUGAUCUUCCGAAACGAGGUGACCAGUGAGUUCUUGUACUACACGGUGAGUUUCAGGGUCAUCCCUUCAGGCGUCAUCAAAACCAUUGAGAUGGUGACCCCAGUCCGGCAGAACGCGUCAGCCUCCAUCAAGGUGGAGAACCCCCUGCCCUACUCGGUGACCUUCUCCGCGGAGUGCAGGCUGGCAGACAUGAGCAUGCCCUCCCAGUUCACCGUGCCCGCCAACUCUGAGGGCACAUUUGCAUUUGAAUUCCAGCCCCUGAAAGCUGGAGAAAGCUUUGGGAAAUUAACGUUGCACAACGGUGAACUGGGUUACUACCAAUAUGAGCUCAGUUUGAAGGCCUUGCCAGCGCCUCCCGAAAAGCCCGUCUACUUCCAGACUGUUCUCGGCAGCAACCAAAGCGUCUAUGCCAAGUUCACCAAUUACACGCGGCAGAAGACAGAAUACUACUGCAGGACCGACUGUUCGGACUUCCACACGGAAAGGAUCGUCAACGCAGCCCCGGGAGCCCAGGGAGGCACCGAGGUCAGUGUGGAAGUCUUCUUUGAGCCCAGCCACCUGGGCGAGACCAAGGGCACCCUGAGCCUGUCGUCGCUGGCAGGUGGGGAGUAUGUCAUCCCCCUCUUCGGCGUGGCUCUGCCCCCCAAGCCCCAGGGUCCCUUCCUGAUCCGAGCCGGGUACAACAUCAUCAUCCCCUUCAAGAACAUCUUCCCCCACACGGUGACCUUGUCCGUCAUCGUGGAGAACCCGGCCUUCACCGUGCGCACCACAGACACCGUGCGGUCCAAGAAGGUCAACAACAUCACUGUCUUCUUUGAAGGAAACCCUGCCGGCAGCAAAACUCCCAUCACCACCAAGCUGAUUGUGAGCUGCCACCCUGGGGAGGGCAGUGAGACCGGAAUUAAGUGGGUUUAUUACCUGAAGGGUGUCACCCCUUAGUGGUAACGGGGUCCCCUGCAUCCGCCAAAAGCUGUCCCUGCAGCCCUAAGACCUGCGCAUCGUCUUAGCCUGACAGAGAACGGAGAAAGACAUAAGAAUUCUAAAGGGACUGUUUUACCCUCCUCGGUUAUUUCCACGUCCUGUGGUUUCCAAAUACAGAUAUGGAUUAUCUCUUCCAUAUUAAACAUUAUAGCUACACACAACAGAUCUGUAUGUUAGAGAACUGAAUCCUUGUGAGUUCCUACAUUUAAUUUGUUGGCAUAUCCACAAAGCUCAAGUGGUUUUUAAUAAUCCACAUUUGUACCGAGCAGACACAGGCAUCACACUCUUGACCUUCUACCAGACAGCUCUUAGCCGUGCGCGACGCUGGGCACUGCAGCUGCUUUUUAAAGUCCAUAAUGGUUUCACGAGUCCUUAGGCCCUAUUUUGAUGUGGCAUCUUAUCCUGCUUUCACACAAAAGCCAAGUAAGUACCUAUUUUCAAAGCAAUGGACAGAUAACAUUAAGGCCGCCCAGGGAUGCUCCCAUCGCUUUUUCUCUCGGCUCUCCGAAUCCCUGGAGAAAGGCUCACAGAGGCCACAGCUGCCCCUGCCCUCCCCAGCCCUGGGCACAGCAGGCAGAUGGGGGCAGUUAUUCUUGAUCUAUCUGCCCAGAACCCAGCCCCUCCUCAAAUUCUGAUUUCAUUGGUCUGGAGAGGGUCAUGGUUAUCUGUAUAUAUAUAACUUGUACAGCAGAGCCGAGAACAAGUGCUAGAGACCAAACACCCACCCAGCUGCAACUGAGUCAGGAAUCCCUUUUAGGGGAAGGACCACGCACGUCCCAGUUUGAAAUGUUGAAACUGCACCUAUUAUUCUGUGUGUCCCUAAAGCGUGACUAUAUAAGCCGGUGCCUUUCUCGAGCUUCACCUCCAGGGGGCAGUAGGGCACCUCGGCAGUCGCCUCUUCCCCGGCCUUGCUGUGUGUAUUCACAGGACCACGUCCCUGUCAGCGCCUCCUGUUGAAAUAAAGAUGGUUAAAGACUG